UCUUCUUUUGCUUUACUGUCUCACUCCACAACAGCGCACAAAAUGGACAGAGUGCACACUCUUUGCCGGCGAACCUUUGCCCUUCAGAACUUGAAGAGAAUAGUUGCUCAGACGCAAGUCAGCAGAACACCUGUCGUAGUUCAGGCAAGAUGUAUGGGUGGACAUCACACCCCGGACCACUGGAAACCCAUCAAGCAGGUCGUGAAAGAACAGAAGAACCACAUGGACUUUAUGCCGGUUCCCGAGGGCAGCUGGCAGGAGAGUUUCAACAAGACGCAGCAGAAGAGAAAUUUGAUGCUGGCAGCAGGAGCACUGUGUUUUGGAAUCACAUAUACUAUUUGUCUAUACAAAACAGGAUGUCUAGAAUUGCACGCGUACACUGACUUCAGUCAAUUCAAAUACAAGACUAACGGGAGCAAUGAAGGCGCUGCCAGCUCUAGCUCAGAAGAAGUCCAAGAAGACAACUCCAACAACAAUGCGGCAGCGACGCCAGACAAGGGGCAGGGUGACGCAGGAGAGUCGGGAGCCGCUGGCGGUAUUGAGCCCGACCUGAAGGACCUCCCUGAAGUGCCCCAGCAUGCCCAGUACCUCCUCAUUGGAGCAGGCACUGCCACAUUCGGAGCUUUCAGAGCGAUCAAGUCGAAGGACCCCACUGCAAAGAUUUUGGUAAUUGGUGAGGAAAGUGUUGUGCCAUACAUGAGGCCCCCUCUGUCAAAAGAACUGUGGUUCAAUGACAACAAGGAAGAAGUUGACAGCCUGCAGUUCAAACAGUGGAAUGGAAAAAAGAGGAGUAUAUUCUAUGAGCCAAAGGAAUUUUUCGCUGACCCCAGAACACUCAAUACGUUAGAGAAGGGAGGCAUUGCGCUGUUGACAGGGAGAAAGGUUGUGAAGGUCGAUGCUUCAAAGAAGAAGGUCUGGUUAGCCAGCGGAGAAACACUCACCUACGACAAGUGCUUGAUCGCAACCGGUGGUAAACCCCGAAACAUUCCAGUCCUAGCAAAGGCUGACCCAGAAGUUCAAAAGAGGACUGUUCUUUUCAGAAAUGUUGAAGAUUUCAAAAGUCUUGAUAGAAUGACCCAGGCUUCAGAAUCUAUCGCCAUUGUCGGUGGUGGCUUCCUGGGCAGUGAACUGGCCUGUGCUCUGGGGAAAAGAGGCAAAGACACUGGACUAAGAGUUUAUCAGCUCUUCCCAGAAAAAGGCAACAUGGGUCGUGUUUUACCUGAGUAUCUGAGCAAGUGGACAACAAGAAAGGUGGAAAAUGAGGGCGUGACUGUACUCCCCAAUCACACUGUCUCUGGCGCUUCUUUCAAAGAUGGAAAAGUUGUCAUUGCUACGAAGGAAGGCGGGUCUGUGUGUGUGGACGGCGUUGUCGCUGCUGUGGGUCUGGAGCCUAACAUUGAGCUGGCCCAGGCGUCGGGACUUGAAGUGGAUCCGGUGAACGGAGGGUACCUAGUCAACGCCGAGCUGGAAGCGAGAAGGGACUUGUGGGUGGCCGGAGACGCUGCGUGCUUUUACGACAUGAAGCUUGGCCGUCGUCGCGUGGAGCACCAUGACCAUGCUGUGGUCAGCGGGAGACUGGCAGGGGAGAACAUGACGGGGGCCGCCAAGCCUUACUGGCACCAGAGCAUGUUCUGGUCAGAUCUUGGUCCAGAGGUUGGCUAUGAAGCGAUCGGCAUCGUGGACUCGUCCUUGCCUACAGUGGCUGUGUUUGCCAAGAGCACGGAACAGGAUACUCCGAAGGCUGUGGUAGAAAAAACUGGGGAGAGUCUGAGAUCUGAAACUGAAAAUACGGCAUCACCCGCCCCUCUACGCACUCCACCACCAUCUUCUCCUCUGGACUCUGAGGACUACGGCAAAGGCAUUGUGUUUUAUCUGAACAAAAGCAAGGUUGUUGUGGGCAUUCUACUGUGGAACACGUUCAACAAAAUGUCCAUUGCUAGACAGGUUUUGAAAGACGGUGCUAAGAAUGAGGAUCUCUACGAAGUGGCCAAGCUGUUUGACAUCUACGACACACAAUCCGAGCAGAGUGCAGCGGGAGAGAGCUAGCUGGCUCUCCUUUUGAUGAAUUACAUGCAUAGUAUUCCCUUAUCAAUGAGUGCUAUAUAAGUGCUGAAUGUUUUAAAUUAUUCUGCAACGUUUAAAAAAAAAGAUUUUUGUCAUCAUUCAAGAAUCUGAAAUAUACCAAAUUUGCUCUGAUGAGAAUAUUGUUAUGAUUGUCUUUUCACGGAAGUACAAUCACAUAAGUGUGCAUAGUUUUCAAUUUAGAAUAGAAUAUGAAGUCCGAAAAGGACUCAUUCUCUCUAAAUUUGGCAACUAAAGUCUUCCUUUUGACAAGAAUAGAGGGGUAUAAAAAGGUCUGUCUGGUUUGUCAGUUUCUCGUUUCAGUCAACUGGUUAUUGUUUCCCUUACCACACUUUAUGUCAUCUGUUCAGUUUUUGUAUUUUCAAACUUAGCCGUCUAGACUGAUCAUAGGAACUGGUAUACAUAGUAUAGUGAAAGAAAGAGUAAAUAGUUCCAGUAUUUAAACAUUUGAUUUUCCUGGGGUUCCGUCUAAACCGGGAGACAGAAAGUGGAUGAAAUGUGUUCACAAUGCACAUGAACUUGUGUGUGUAUGUAGUAGUUAUGCCUUGAUCAAUUAACUUGCAUUUAAAAUAGACCUAUCUGUUACAAGGAAAAUGGGUGUGUGUAUAUUGCCGAUAUUUUUGUGUAUGUCUCGUGUUUUAAAGAAGCGGCACACGGUGCUGUGGAUGGUGCAUACAUGCACGGGCUCUCCACGUGGUUAGCAAUUGUUUUCUUGUUGAGUGCUAAAGAUGUAGCAAAGAUAUUUCUAGCAUUGUUAUUCCAGGUGAGCCAGUGGCGUGUGAUACUGUUUUCAGUAAUUGUUUAUCAAGUGCUCAAACGAUCGCCGAGAGUAUAGUUUAGAAAUGUGUGAAGAGUUAUAAUAGUCAGGGCAGUUGUCUCAGUAUUUGCCCAUAAUGCAUAUAUUGAGAGGCAAAUUGAUGUUUUUUGAAAAAUGAGUGAUACUUGUUUAUUGUUGAAAUACAAAAUAAACACGGGAGUUUUCCUCAGAGUUGAUAUUUCA